UGGUUCGACCAAGUUUUAUUUUCAACCGACUGUCAUCGGGGGAGUUAUUCCUUUUGCUAAUGCUUGUGCUCUGCAUUGGAAAGAACGAGAACAAGAACUUUGCCUGAUUAAUCCCCAGGCCCAAAACUUCCUGGACUUGGAAAAAGAACGAAACGACAUCAAAAAAGAUGCCGAAGCCAUGGACCAGUUUUUCCGUGAGGAGUGUGGUUUCACUUCUUACGAAGAUGCCCGAACCCAAUUAGACGGCCAAACUGUGUCCCAAAUCCUCCAAAUCUUAGCCAGUUUAAAAACUGACCUAGCCCAGCAGGAAAAACAAAACGAGCAAUUAAGGACAGAAUUAAAUAAACCCCAGGCCCAAUUAUCCGAUAAGGAAUAUAAGAAUUUAGUUCAGCAAUGA